AUGGCCACACAGCGAGCCGAACGAUACGACCCAAACUCACCCCUCGAGCAGGAGGUCAAGCUCCCUUCUGCUCCGCGCGUCGCGCUCGCCACAAACGCAACACUCCAGCCGCCGCUCACGCGUCGCGGCACCGGUCCGGGCCUCAUCCAGUUCCUCCCUGCGCGAGCGAAGUACGCGAGUAGCACGACGCUCGAGGGCGAGCAUGCAGUAGAGACGUCGCUCGAUCCGGAGCCUGUGCAGAAGUGGGCUGAGGAAGGCUACGCGGUCGUCGCCGUCGAGGAUGCAGGAGCAUCGGGCGCGGCUUGGGGCGUCACCGUUACACUCACGGAGGGCCUGAAGGCUCUCAAGGCGUUGACUGAACUUGACGUCCGUGAUAGAUUCGGUGUCAUAGUGUAUGACCCAGACUUGAUAGAUGCAGUACACGACGCGGCAGCGCAACACCCUGAGAUCGUCGCGAUCGUCGCGUUCACGGACACGGUGGAGCACGUGAAGCUGCCGAAGCCAACACAGUACCACCUGCCUGGGAGGACGGCUAUCCCUGACACAGGCACCGCAGAGGUAGUCACACACGAGCAUGCCACGUCGCCGUUCUUCGUCUUCGUACAAAGCGGCGCGUACGAGCCGAGCGCAGCUACGGCCGCACACAGUAAGUCGCUCGUGUUCCUGCGCAAGCACAUCGGCGGGCCGCAUUUUGAUAUCGAGGCAAUCUGGGAGGAGCAUACGUACUUCGAGUUUGAGGUGCGCUCGGUCGCCAAGACGAUGGGUACGAUGGUGCAAGAACCGUACGUGAACCAUGUCCCGACAAUGACAGGCGGCGUUGGGCGUGAGGCUCUCACGACUUUCUACCGCGACCACUUCAUCUUCAGUAACCCUCCGGACGCUGCUCUGAAGACCGUCUCGCGCACAGUAGGCGCGGAUCGCGUCGUUGAUGAAUUCAUCUUCCACGUAACGCACACAACCAUGAUCGACUGGUUGCUCCCUGGUGUACCACCCACAGGCAAGAAGCUGGAGAUUCCCAUGCUCGGGGUCAUUAACGUUCGCGGUGACCGUCUCUAUCACGAGCAUAUCUGGUGGGACCAAGGCACCGUGCUCAAGCAGGCAGGCCUUCUCCCUGACGUCGUCACCGUGCCGACCUCGACAGGCCCACGCAAGCUGAAGCUGCCCGUCGCUGGAGUCGAAGCCGCGCGCAUGCUCGUCAACGAGUCUGAUGGCAAAUCGAACGAGAUGUUCGGCUGGGGGUAUCAGGACUGA